CUCCUGUGUGGCAGGUGCUGUUUUGUGCAAUCACACUGUGGCACUGCUCUUCCAAACAGCACACUACUCACAACUCAGAGUGCCGGUUGUCCCCCUGUGCAUAGCUGCACCGAAUCUGAACAGCAAUGGCACAAGCCACGGACAGUGGGUGUGAAGCCAGGACCCAUCAACUCCAUGAUCUUCACUAAGCCGGUACCAAAUAGGAUGGCCCAGACUGGAGUACGGAGUGGCUUCUACAGAGGCAUGGUGGGUUCGUUACCAGAUCCCUGCUUGUUCAGAAUAACGGAGGCAUAUGCAAAAUUUAAUAUUGAGGACAGGCCACUUGUGACCACAAUGAACAUGAGACCUGACAAGCCCCUUGUGGAAAGUGCUUUUGGGCUGGUGCAGGAGGGCAGUGUUCUGUCAUAUCAGCAACCGGUUUUGACAACCCGGUACAUCACACUACACCGUGAUGCACCACCAACACCGCACUUGCCUCUGGAGGGGUAUGACAUCUUGCCAUCAGAUUGUGUGUUUGUGUGCUCAGAAGAAGAGCUUCUGCAUCUGAAAAGCUUGUCUGUAACUCUGGAAAUGGCUGACAAAAUAGAGGAAGCUACACGUGAGCAAAGCUCUUCAUCUGAGUGGCAUCAGCUCCGCAGGCCCAGAGUGACUGCCUCUAAGUUUCGGGAGGUGUGUCACGUCAGAGGCCAGAGCUCGGCAGAGUCACUAGCAGAGCGUAUAUUGAAGGGAACAAGGCGGACAGCAGACAUGAGGAGAGGAACUGAGAUGGAGCCUGCAAUAGCAGCAGAGUAUAGUAGGCUAAUGAAUGUUAACUACUCACCCUUUUUUACAUAUAUAUGCCAAGAUACCUGUGUUUGGAAAAAUGAACAGUGAAAACAUAGCAAAAAGGAAAACAGAUCCUUCAGGCUGGCUGGAACAAAAUAACUGAUGUUUUAUUUGCAAUGUAUUUCAUGAAGUUUUUUGUUGUUACAUGUUACUUUUAUGUGAAAUCAAUAAACUGUUAUUUAAGCAAUGGCGUCAAUUUCAUUUUUUAAAAACACACAUUAAAACAUUGAAUUUGUGCAGAACUUAUUUACAUGGUAAGUAUUUAAAAAUCCAUGCCUAGCAUACUGACAUACAUUUAGACAAUAACACAACUGAGGGAAGAAAAUGACAAAUGGUAUUUUGGAUGUUACAAAAGCACAAUGUCACUUAUGAUUUUAAAAUGAUUUACUUUAUAAUUUUGAUAAACAAUUUUGUUGAAUAUGAAUAGUAAUAUAGUAGUAUAAUUAAACAGUAUUAUUAACAUUCAACAUUUGCAAUGAAUUAGAAUUAUCAAUAACUGGAACUCAACUAUCAGCACUCAAGUACCAGUUCUGUAAUCAAGUUUUGUCAAGGAAGAAAUGCAACUGUAGUGGCCUCAGCUGCAGGUCAUUUUCCAUAAGUUCCUUGUACUGGCACUGGUGUCUUGGGAAAAGUCCAUCUUGUCUCACUUAACCCAUUUUUUAACUAAUGCUGUGUUCUGGUAAUUUGACAGCAUGCAUGCUACUGCAAACAGUUGGUUGAUAUUGUAAACAUGUGACAUGGUAAUAAUGCUAUCAAAAAGUUUGUUCUGUUUUAUCCUCCUAAUGACUCGUUCCACAUGUACCCUGAGUCUGGCUAUGGCCUGCGUCUCCUUAACCUGGUAUGCUGGCAUCUGCUUCUGCUUAGAUAGAAAAGGUGGGCAGUACACUUUGCAUUUACAACAAUCGGUGAUUAGGAAGCCCUUAUCUACCAUCACUGCCAUGUCUUCAGUCAACUUCUCAGCAAUGCCUGAUUGUUUGAAUAGUUCCUUGUCACUAACCGAACCAGCAUACAGAUUAGAAAUGAAUGUCACUGGACCAUGUGGAGCUAUGCCAACCAGGGCUUUCAUCGUACAGUGGGAUUUGUACGAAGAGUACAUUUCACUUUGGAGAAGUGGUGAGGAUGGUGUCUGACACCUCAGCUCUGUACAGUCAAGGAUCAUCUGGGUGUCUGAGAAAUCUUUGAAUUCCUCAGGGAGGUAAGCUUGCACUUCUUCACGUGUAAGCCAGAUGCAUUGAGACCCCAGUGCAGUGGCAAGAAAAUUUGUCCAUGUUGCAAUAAUGCGGCUCACUGUGGACUGGUGUAUGUUAAAUCGGUGUGCCAGG